GCUUAUCUUAUCGCAACUCCAUCUCCAAACUUUUUUUUUCUUCCGAAUCGUCACUGCUGUUAAACUUCAUCAACACAAUUGCGUCAACCGGAAUAGAAAAAAUGGUUAAAAGAAAGAGACAAAAUGCCCCUGGGGGCACAAAUACUACGGAUGCUUCGCAAUCCAAAAAGACGAAGUCCACAACCAAUGGCGCUGCGAAACCUUCCAAGCUGUCCAUGCCUGAGACGCUGCAAAUCAUUGUCGGCUCUUAUGAUCAAGUUCUGCACGGUGUUACUGCUACUUUCGAACCAGAAUCUACUGAGGCGCAAUUCGCCGAUACGUUCCUUUUCAACGCACACACAUCUGCCAUCCGCUGCGUCGCCGUGUCGCCCAUCUCUCCCAAGAUCCCCGGCCAAACACAGAAGGUGCUUCUCGCCUCGGGCAGCACUGACGAACGAGUUCACGUCUAUAAUCUGUCUGCCCAUCCUCCCCAGCGAAGAACCGACGACCUUCUGGCUAAGGUAGCGCCCCGACCGAUUCUAGAGAACCCCAAGAACAAGGAGCUUGGUGCUCUUUUGCACCAUUCUUCUAGCAUUACCUCUCUCUGCUUCCCAACAAGAUCAAAGCUCCUUUCAUCCAGUGAAGACUCAACGAUUGCGGUCACGAAAAUCAGAGACUUGUCCCUCAUGACAACUAUCAAGGCGCCGAUUCCCAAGGCUUAUGGCCGCCCCAGCGGAGACACCGCGCCAUUUGGCGGAACACCAUCGGGCGUCAACGACUUUGCCAUUCACCCUAGCAUGAAGGUCAUGUUGAGCGUAAGCAAGGGCGAGCGAUGCAUGCGUUUGUGGAAUUUGGUCACUGGCAAGAAGGCUGGUGUGCUCAGCUUCACGAGGAACAUGCUGCAAGAGGCUAGCGAGGGCAAACAUUCUACGGGCGAGGGACGAAAGCUGAAAUGGGGCAAUGUGGAUGGUGCGGAUGAGUUUGCGGUUGGUUUUGAGAGAGAUAUUAUCGUUUUCAGCAUGGAUAGUGUGCCGAAGUGUCGCGUUAUGCCUGGAACAGGCGUCCGAACCAAGAUCCACCAAUUUACUUACAUCGACCUUGACGACGCGUCGCUGCUUGCGGUCUCGACAGAGGAUGGCCGCAUUGUAUUAUUCUCGACCAAGGCCGACGACCUGGUGACACCGGAAAAGAAGGACGACGACGAGGACAAGCUGCCCGUUGCCAAGAUGAUUGGCCACAUUGGUGGGCGCGACGCCGGCGUGUCUGGCCGCAUCAAGGACUUUGCCGUUUUGCGAAGCAUUGUGGAUCCUACCGGGCUCUAUGUCGUUGGGGCUAGCAGCGAUGGAAACCUUCGCGUCUGGACGCUCGACGUGCCGUCACUCGAAAAGGCCGCUGCAGCGAACAAGGAAUCUAAGGAGAGUCUGGGACAACAAGUUGGCUUGUAUGAGACGAAGAAUCGAAUCACUUGCCUUGCUGGUUUCGUCAUGGUGCCUAAGCCCGAGGGUGCUGAGGACAGCGAAGAGGAGAACUUGGACGCGGAUUCCGAUGAUGAUGACGAGGAUGACGACGAGAGCGACUAGAUGCGCGUUCUGGUAGGAUAUUGCGUAAAUAAAAUUAAAAUACGAGCGUUUAGUGUUGUAAUUUAUUAAACAUGGUUAUUGUAAUGAUAAGCUUACUAAGUUGUAAAUGGAAAGUUUUGCGAAUGAUAUAACUCUAUCGCCCAGAUUGAGGGUGAGUGUUAUAGCAAGCGGCGCCCAUUGUAAUUUUGAUAUCUCAUACAACCAAGUGAUUAAAUACGAAAGUUCAGCAGAUAUUUAUGUAUUAAAUACGCUACGAAAGGGUUAGAGUAGGACAGACGAGUGCAUCGACGUUGUUCUGUUCCGCAUGCCGGGUAGCAGUAAGAUCGCGUGGAGAACAGACGCGCGCAGAAGACGUUGCUUAUACGCCGUUGGCUUAUCCCCAAAAAUAAAAGAAAUAAAAAAAAAUCCGUCUCUGCAGAAGCUGAAGGGAGGCUUGCAGCCCACCUUUAGCAUGUUGAUAAGAAGCUGUCAGCAUACUGCACUAUAAGGAUUGCAUUGCAUUUGAUGCACUGCAUGUGAUUCUGUACGCCCACUCGCCAGCUGUCUG